AUGAUCGAUCUACUAGACCCACUUUUUGUUGUCCGCAGUGACACAGACAAGGCGCUUCCUGGCAAGCAGAGGGAGACCCUGAGAAGAUGCUCCUGGGUGUGCUGCAUUGUCUGUGGCGCUGUGGCUAUGUGGGACAUUAUGUUGCAUCCGGUGCAGGAGGGUCUCUUUGAACUUCCCAGCGACAUUAUGCAAGGUUUGGAUGAUGGGUUAGCUGAUUUGUGGGACCAGAACACCAUGCUGCUCCUGAGAUGGAAACCUGGCGAAGGUAGAGAUGAAACUGCCCUGCUGUGGGCCGCCGCCGAAUCGCUUGGCACAGAAGCGCUGAGCCUGAAAAAGCAGGCACUCUUCGAGGAGCACAGGCUUCUCCUGUUCAAGUACGAGGCGCCCAAGGACGGCCAACGACCAGCUACGCCUAUACAUACCAAGUGGAAGACAAGUGCUAGCAGCCCUCAGGGAGAUCUCGCAAAGAUUAUUGACACAAGCUUCCCAGCUGUGCUAAACGUCACCUUGUGCCUCCACGUUCAUGCUCACACGGAACUGGCAAAGGUUGGACAAAGUGGAGAGAAAGGCUCAAGCGAGGAGGCCGAAUCGACCACACCACCUUCUCAUCCACUCCCGGAGGAGUUCUCAGAGAUCGUUGGACCUUCCACUGAUGCACGAGAAGCAUACUUCGCUGGUUGCAAGUGGUGGACAGAUACCUUAGAUUCAUUUUAUGGUCACCCUGACAACAUGACCGAGCUGGACGACGAGCAUCAUUCCAGUGCUGAUUCCGCAGACCUCCCAACGGCUGAUGCAGAUGCAGAGGGCUCUGAUUUGGCCUGA